AUCCGCUGGUAGAACCAGGACCGUUGCACCUUCCUUAUUUUGUAUUCCUUGUCAUUUUCUCGUCUGCUUAGAUGAGAAUUUGAAUAUAAAAUGGAAGUACCACCUAUAUAUGUUUUAUAUGGAUCUGAAACAGGAACUGCAGAAGAAUUGUCUGAGAGACUUUAUCGAAAGCUGAUUCGACUGGGGUACAGGGUACUUGCCCUACCUAUGGACGAAUUUGAUGCUGAGAAAUUGAUUGAACCCCUCCUUUGUGUGUUUAUUUGCAGUACAACAGGACAAGGCGAAAUGCCGUUAAACAUGAGAAAAAUUUGGAGGUUUUUGCUUAGAAAACGCCUUCCGUUUAAUCUACUUGAUGACAUGCAAUAUGCUGUUUUUGGGUGUGGUGAUACCUCUUACGUAAGAUACAACUGGGCUUCUAAGAAAUUGGAUAAUCGUCUUCGACAACUUGGCGCUCAAAGCUUUUGCCCAAGAGGUGAAGGUGAUGAGCAACAUGCCCAAGGUGUUGAAGGCGGUUUUGCUUAUUGGUGUACGCAUUUGUGCUCGGCUUUGGCUACUGUCAAAACGCCUUCUUACCCAGCUCUUGGGGAUUCCGAAAUUAUACCUCCUUCUUAUUCCAUUAGUCAAUAUAUUUCAUCACAUAAAUCAUCCGAAAAACCAUUGCAUACUCGAGGAACGGUGCCGUCUACACUCCAACAAAAUAACCGCAUAACAGCUGACAAUCACUGGCAAGACGUUCGAAAAGUUGUUUUCUCUAUUCCGAAAUCAGUGAGCUGGAAGCCAGGAGACGUUGCAAUUUUGUUUCCUUGGAACGAUGAUGAAAGCGUUCAUAAAUUUCUGAGGUGCUUGAAAUGGGAUUCUUUUGCUGAUCACCUAGUACAGGUAACCUCCAAUAUUCCUGAAAAGAAAGCUCCUUGGCUUCCAAACCCAUUAACUGUUUUUAAUUUUGUCAAGUAUGUUAUUUCAAUACACUCAAUACCUAAUCGUACUUUUUUUGAAUACGCUGCCUUUUUUACGGAUAAUGACAUGCACAAGGAAAGGUUGUUGGAGUUUGCUUCCCUUGAAGGAUUGGAUGACUACUAUGAUUAUGUUACAAGACCUCGGAGAACAUUACUUGAAACACUACAAGAGUUUCACUCGGUCCAAAUACCCUUUGAAUAUGCUUUGGAUGCUCUUCCCAUAAUUCGUGGCCGACAGUACUCCAUCGCUAACCGUUGUAAUCAGAUUGAAGGAAAACUUGAGUUAAUUAUUGCCUUGGUGAAAUAUCAAACUAUUCUUAAAGAACCCCGACAGGGAGUUUGUAGUAGGUGGUUAUUCAACCUUGAUCAAGGUCUUUCCUUCAACAUCGACAUAUUACCAGGAUUUCUCUCUCUUCCUUAUACCGUAGAAAAACCGUUAAUUUCAGUAGGACCUGGAACUGGUGUCGCACCAUUACGGUGUUUGAUUCAGGAGCGUGUAAACCUUGGUCUUAAGAACAACGUUUUGUUUUUUGGAUGUCGAAGAGAAUCGAUGGACUAUCUGCUUCGAGAAGAUUGGGAAAGGUUAAAGGACACGGGAUCUUUACAGGUAUAUUGUGCUUUUUCGCGUGACCAAGAAAAAAAAGUUUAUGUACAACAUAAAAUUCAAGAACAAGAAGAAAUGAUAUACCAAUUGCUGCAUGAAAAAGGAGGAAUGGUUUGCGUUUGUGGUUCAUCUGGAAGUAUGCCAAAUGCUGUUCGUGAUGCCAUAGCAGGCAUCAUCUCAAAAUAUUCAGGAGAGGGUAUAUCGGAAGGUUAUGAGUUUUUGAAAAAACUUGAGAAGGAAAAAAGAUUCUUUCAAGAAACGUGGUAAGGGAAUAUUAACAUAAUAAUUUACACAUAAACGAAACCCAUAGAUCUUUUUACAUUUUGCUUAUACAAUAGAUAAUGCUAAAAAAAAAAACAAUGAAAUUAAUUGAGUUCGUAAACAUGA